AAUCAAUCAAUUAAUCAUCAUUGGUGUGUAAUGGUGUGAUUGUCGCAUGUCACCAAUAUUCAUUGAAUUGAAUUCAAGUUUAAUAUUUUUAUUUUGCAACAACAAAGAAAAAAAAAGUUUAUAUUGUUAAACAACAAAUUUUGUGAUUGUAACCGAUGCAUAUAGUGACGACAUCGACACACAUGCACCAUUUUUUUUAUUAUAUUCAAAAUCAUCAUCAUCAUCAUCGGUUCAUAUUUGAUUUUAGCCCCAUUUCAUAAUAUUUAUUGUUUUUUUUCCAAUAACAAUCACAUCGAAAAUUCUUUAUUUGGAUCAUUCACAUUUCAUUCAGCCAAAUUGUGAUCCGGUGUUGCAAAUAAUAAUAGUUUACAUUACAUUGUCAAUGAAAUUAUCAAAUAACCAUUUUAUAGUGGCUGCUUGAAAAAUUAAUAAAAUUAACAAAAUGAAGACAAUGAAUGAAGAUCAUCGUAAUGUCAUUGAUGCUAAUGCACAAGAGAUGCAUACAUCAUUGGGUGAACUGAAUUCGAUUGGUGAUUCGUUGAUUUCAUCAUUUUAUGCGGGAAAAUCGAUUUUUAUUACCGGUGCCUCUGGAUUUAUGGGUAAAGUUUUGGUAGAAAAAUUACUUCGUUCAUGUCCUGAUGUAAAGUCAAUUUAUAUUCUUCUUCGUACGAAGAAAAAUGUCGAUCCUUGUGACCGAUUGGAUGAACUUAUCCGAUCAAAGAUUUUCGAUAGAGUUCGUGAAAUGAAUGCUAACCUGUUGAAUAAAGUGGUCGUCAUUCCUGGUGACAUCGUAUUACCCGGUUUAGGUAUUUCCAAUGCUAACAUUGAAUUAUUAAGCCAAGAAGUUUCCAUUGUUUUUCAUUCGGCUGCCACCGUUAAAUUUGAUGAGCCAAUGAGAACUUCUAUCAAUUUCAAUGCAUUGGGUACGAGACACAUGUUGGAACUUUGUCGUAAAAUGAAAAAAUUGGAAGCAUUUGUUCACGUGUCUACAGCUUACUCGAAUUGUGACCGUCAUGAUGUUGGUGAACAAUUUUAUCCAAUAACUGUGCCAUAUCAGAAAAUAAUCGAACUUAAUGAAUGGAUGGAUGAUGAAACGCUGGCCGCCGUAACUCCUCAAUUGUUAGGUAAUCGACCUAAUACUUAUACAUAUACGAAAGCGUUAGCCGAAACCUUGCUAUUGAAUGAGAAAGGUUCACUUCCAGUUGCUAUUGUGCGGCCAUCUAUAGUUACUGCUGCUUGGCGUGAACCAUAUCCCGGUUGGGUGGACAAUAUCAAUGGACCAACUGGAAUGGUAUUGGCAUCGGGUAAAGGAUUAUUGCGAACCAUGUUGUAUGAUUCAAAGGCUUGUGCCGAUAUAAUCCCAGUGGAUAUGGUAAUCAAUCUAAUGAUAGCCGUUGCAUGGUACACUGCAGUGCGAAGACCAAAAAAUAUUCAAAUUUAUAAUUGUACUUCGGGGACGUUAAACACAUUGAAAUGGAAAGACAUAGAAAGGAUUGUUUUUCCAUUGUUAUUGAAAUAUCCCAGUGCUAAUGUGUUUCGAUAUCCAGGUGGAACAUUCAAAGAAUCGCGAACUUAUAACCGAAUUUGUGGUGUAUUCGGUCAUAUAAUACCGGCUUAUCUAUUCGAUGGUAUUCGUUUAUUAUGCCUGCAAAAACCAAUGCUGAUUCGAAUCUAUCAAAAACUUCAUCGAGCAAUUGAAGCUCUUGAAUAUUUUACCACACGUGGAUGGGAUUUCAGCUCCACAAAUGUGAUUGCCUUGUCUCAAGAACUUCAAGGCAUUGAUCAAAAGGAAUUUCAUUUUGAUGUCCGAAAUCUUAAUUGGUUGUCAUAUUGGGAAGAUUAUGUUAUUGGAAUACGGAAAUUUAUUUUAAAAGAAGAAGAUUCAAUGUUACCAAAAGCGAGAAAAAAUUUAAAAAGAAUCUAUUACGCACAGAAAUUUCUCUAUCUAUUUAUUGCAAUGAUUAUUCCAUUUAUAUUGGCCACAAGUACAUCAUUUAUUUCCCUUGAAUGGCUAUCAUCAAUCAUAACUAUUAUUUGGCCAUUCGAAUUUAUUGUACAACAACAACAACAACAUAAUCUAAAUUUUCAAUCAUCUCCAAUUAUAGAAGAAUCAUCAUCAAUGAAUAUCACAUCAAUCAUUUCAUUAACAACAAUACCAUCAUCACAAUCCCGACAAUCAUCAAUUUGGACAUUAUUGGCAUCAUAUAUUGGUUUACCAAUCUCAUCGAUCACUACUUGAAAAUAACUAAACACAGACCUACAUUUAUUACAUUCACAAUACAUACACAUAUAUACAAAAAUACAAUACAAAUUUAUAUUUUACAACUACUUUCUAGCCAUCACAUUUUUAUUAUUAAUCCACCACAUCAUCACUAUAUUAUAAGUUAUAAAUAAUUUUUCCCGUUAAAAAUCGUUAUUCGUUAUUA